UAAAAAAUCUUCAAUAUGUUGCUUAAGUUUUUUACUUAUUCUUAUAUUUUAGGAAGUUUUGAUCAAAAAAUUACAAUGCAGUUUAUAUCGCUGUUUGUUUUUCUUUGCAUUUUUACACAGAGGGUAUUAACUUCUGGAGACACUAGAUGUAAGUGUGUAUGUCCGAAAGAGUCACGUAAUCAAACAAAUGUUUUUAUUAUGAAUGACAUGAUAAAUCCUUAUGAGUGUGUUUGUGAAAAUGUAGUCAAACGAGAACAGUUGUACUGUUUAAAGUGUGAAUGCAAAUUUGAAUCACGUAACUCUGUGCUAAUCAAAGUCAUUAUAAUAUUUGUUUUAUCUACUAUAUUUGUUUUGUAUUUAUACAUGUUUUUUGUAUUUAUACAAUCUAAACAUACAUCAACUGGUACAUUGAGUCCAUCAGACUCUUUUCAUGAACAGUUAAGAGACUCAGCUCCAUCCAGGCGAAAAAUGACUUUGGUUAAUGACAUAGAAAAGAAGAUAUCUGUUUGGCAAAUGUCUAUAGAAGAACAAAGACAUCAUGUUUAUGGGGGGAAAAAAAUUUUAUACUAAGUUACAAUUUAAUGAACAUUGUAAAAUUUUUAUAUGUACUUUUCGUUACUGUAUAUGGUUAUUUUGUAUUUUUAUAUAUACAUAUAUAUAUAUAUAC